AUGCCUCUCACCGACCAAUCUGGCGACCCGGUCCCACCGCCCGCUCUGGCGUCGCUGCUCCCGCCGCACUGGAAGGAGGAGGUCGGACGAUGGUUCGCGCAGGACAUCCCAAAGUGGGAUGUCGGAGGCUUUGUGGCGGCGGGCGUGCUGGCCGGCGUGCCCUUUGCAGACCAAGUCUUCCGAGAGGCGGGCUGCACCGCGACCUGGCUCGUCCCGGAGGGCCACUUCAUCACCGCAGAUGAGGCGGCCGCCAAGGCUCCCGUCGCGCGGGCGCCGGUCGCGCGGGUCGAGGGCCCGACUCGCGCGCUCCUCGUCGCUGAGAGGACGGCGCUCAACAUCCUGUCGCGCUGCUCCGGGGUGGCGACGGCGGGGCGCUUCGGGCUGGUCGAGAAGUACGGCUUGCUCGUCGGCGGCGCCGAUACGCACCGGAUGGACCUCUCCCACAUGGUCAUGCUCAAGGACAACCACAUCUGGUCGAGCGGGUCGAUAGCGAGCUCCGUCGCAAAGGCGUGCUCCGCGCGUUCGGUCGCCGGCUUCUCGACCAAGAUAGAGGCGGCCGGCGCCGGCGCCGACGUGCUGAUGCUCGACAACUACACGCCCGCCGCGCUCAAGGAGGUCGCGGGCCGGCUCAAGGAGGAGUGGCCUCACGUGACCAUCGAGGCGAGCGGCGGCAUCACUUCGGCCACGAUGCCGGACUUCUUCUCGCCGCACGUCGACAUCAUCUCGCAGGGCGCGCUCACGAACGGGUACGCCACCCUCGACUUCUCGCUCAAGGUGCCCAAGCCGGCCGCGUUCGAGCGAGAGCGCACGGUGAAGAGCUAG